AUGAAUUUGGUACUGCCAGGGGUGGCACGUGAACAUCUUUGGAGUAAGGGGAUGCUUCAAAAUUACACACUUUGGAAAUGGCAUGGGGAAUCGGCGGCUGUGCCAACUGCCACUGAAUGUGGGAGUAGUCAUGUCCAAGAGUCCUUAGAACAAUACGGUGACUUUCGUGGGAUGUUGCAUGAUUUGUGCCCCACGCAUGGAAUGCCACCUGAACCAAUGGACGAAGGGGAAACUGUGCAACAACCGGCUCAAGGUCCAAAUGAUGGUGCACAAAAGUUUUACAAAAUGAUAGAUGAUGUGGACAAACCUUUAUAUGCUGGGUGUACAAAAUUUAGCAUAUUCUCAGCCAUCGUUGUGUUGUUCCAGUUGAAGACUCUUUAUGGUUGGAUGAACAAGUCAUUUACUAUGUUGCUUCAACUCUUGAUGGAUAUGCUCCCUUCUGACGCUAAGUUGCCAAAGGACCAUUAUGAGGCUAAGAAAAUAGUUCGAGAUUUGGGUUUAGGGUAUGAGAAGAUCCAUGCUUGUCCCAAUGAUUGUAUGCUAUUUUGGAAGGAGAAUGUUAACCUCGAGGCAUGUCCUUGUUGCAAAGAAAGUAGGUGGAAACCGAAUGAGGCAUCUGUUACAAAUAAUAAUGCCUCAUCUAGUAAGGGAAAGAAGAAAGCUGCAAAGAUCCUACGCUGGUUUCCCUUAAAGCCAAGAUUGCAGCGAUUAUUUUUGUCACCCAACUUGGCUAGUUCUAUGAAAUGGCAUGCUAAUGGUCGUACAGAGGACGGGGUAAUGCGGCAUCCUGCUGACUCGGAUGCAUGGAAAAUGUUUGACACUACGCAUUUACAGUUCUCGUCUGAGCCUCGUAAUGUCAGACUUGGAUUAGCUGCGGAUGGAUUCAACCCCUUCGGAAUGCUGAGUACUACUCACAGCACUUGGCCUGUCAUGCUAGUCCCUUACAAUCUCCCGCCUUGGUUGUGCAUGAAACGGUCAUCUUUGAUUUUAUCACUAGUUAUUCCUGGACCUAAAUCGCUAGGGAUUGCAAUAGAUGUGUACUUGCAACCCUUAGUAGAAGAAUUGAGGGAAUUAUGGGAUGUUGGAGUAGAAGCGUACGAUGCAUCUUCAAAAAAUGUAUUCCAAUUGCAUGCAGCAUUGAUGUGGACGGUACAUGACUUUCCUGCAUACGCAGAUGUGUCGGGUUGGAGUACGAAGGGUAAGUUUGCGUGUCCUUGUUGUGCCUCAGAGACCGACUCCAAAUAUUUAAAAAAUGGCCGCAAAUUCUGUUACAUGGGACAUAGGCGAUGGUUGGGUAGUGACCAUGAAUUUCGGAAAGAAGAUACUUUAUUUGAUGGAUUCACUGAUAUGUGA